GGGGGCAGGCAGGGGCCCCAUGUGAAGCCUGGCCUCCCCCCUCCAGGCCUCUUCUUCACCCUGCUCCUAAUUUACCUGCUCUUCACCUCCUUCUGGUCGCUGAGCGUGCUCUACUUCGCCUGGUGGAUGGUGGACUUGGAGACCCCGAUGCACGGAGGACGUCGCAACCAGUGGAUGAGGCGCUGGAAGGUCUGGGAGCUGCACAGGGACUAUUUCCCCAUCCAGCUGGUGAAGACGGCCGAACUGCCCCCCACCCGGAACUACGUGCUGGGCUCCCACCCCCACGGCAUCAUCUGCGCAGGAGCCUUUUCCGCCUUCUGCACGGAGGCCUGUGGCUUCUCCCGGGCCUUUCCCGGCCUGACCUCCAGACUGGGCCUCCUGGCCGGUCUCUUCUACCUGCCCGUCUAUCGCGAGUACAUGAUGAGCUCAGGGAUGGUGCCAGUCAGCAAAAGGUCCCUGGACUUCCUGCUCCAAGCGGGGCCUGGACAGGCGGUGGUCAUUGUGGUGGGCGGGGCCACGGAGUCCCUGGACUGCAAUCCAGGCGAGCAACGGGUGCAUCUCUCCAGCCGGCGAGGCUUCGUGCGGCUGGCGCUGCAGCACGGGGCUGACCUCGUCCCCGUCUUCUCCUUUGGGGAGAACGAGAUUUUCCGGCAGGUGCAGUUCCCCAGGGGCAGCCGCCUCCACCGUCUCCAGCUUCGCUUCAAGCAGAUGACCGGCUUCGCUCCCUGCCUUUUCGUGGGGCGCAGCCUCUUUUUCAGCCGCUGCUGGGGGCUCCUGCCCCAGCCCUCCCCCAUCACGGUUGUAGUGGGGAAACCGAUCCACGUCCCUUUGCGCCCACACCCCAAACCGGAGGAGGUGGACCACUACCACGGCCUCUACGUCCAGGCACUGCAGCAACUCUUUGAGGAGCACAAGGGCAGCUGUGGCCUCCCCCCCUCGCAGCAGCUCUUCAUCACCUAGGGACCCCUCCCCGCCCAGGGAGCCAGGCGCCUGUCUCUGCUGCAGGCUCAGGCGGGGGCCCCCCCUUCUGCUCCCCCCGUCACAAUAAAGAGAGUUAUUA